UGACCUGGCCUUGCAAAGACCCAUGUGUAUUUUGGCAGGUGGUUGUGAGAUCACAACCUGACGUGUCUCUGAUAAGAAAUGUGUCUCUGCAUGUGCCACGUUGUCAAACAGAAAGCACAUUUGUUGAAUCAAACCCACAUUUUUUCCUUUUGGAUAAGAAACAAGAGGGGACAUCUGACCUGAGCCAUGUCUGGACUGAACGCAUCUCUCGGAUACUUCCUGGCUGUUGUGGUUUUUGCAGCCUCGGUUCGAACACUUCUUAAAAAAUGGCCACAGUUUAGCUUCAUUUUGGAGUUUGCCUCCUCUUUCACGCUGGUUGCAUGUUGGCUGGAGGUGCAGACCAUUGUAGAGGUGGGUCAGUGGGCUGGGGGCUUGGGUCCUGAUGUGACUCUGACAAUGCUGUUUGUGGUGCUGCUGACCCACGGUGUGAUCUGCGGUGGCGCGUCAGGGAAUCCCUCCCUCGAUGUGCUGAGGUUCCUGCAGCUGGAGGCCAGCAGCCUGUCCACUCUGCUCGCCAUUACAGCCCAGUUUCUCGGGGCCCAUCUCGCCCUCCUUGUUGCUAUCUACUACUGGAGCCUGGAGCUGACAGACAUGCACAUGAUCAAAAAUCUGAUGGCUAGAGAGUGCAGCACGUCUCUGCUGGUCUCUUUGCUGCAGGGUUUUUUCACAGAGUUUGUCUGCGCAUUCAUCUUUCACCUGGUCCAUCUAAACCUGCGACGAAGCUCCGCUCUGAUCCGGGUUCCUCUGAUCACUGUCCUCCUCACAUUCCUGUCCCAUGCAGCCAGAGGCUUCACCUCGGCUUACAUGAAUCCAUCCUUGGCCUACGGCCUCACCUUCCACUGUCCUGGAUUUGCCUUCACGGAGUAUGCGGUGGUCUACUGGCUGGGCCCUCUCACGGGCAUGACUCUGGCUCUUCUCCUGUACAUGGGCCAUAUUCCGAGGAUUUUUGCCAAGAACCUACUAUAUUUCCAGAAGACACGUUUCAGAGUGCCAAAAGGCGACAAAGGAGAAAAGAAGAAAAUGUGAAAGCAACUUCUAUCAGCCCCUUUGAC